AUGCCCGAUUUCUCAAUAUUCCUGUGCGCGGAUCGGCAGCCGGAGCCGCGUUCUCACUCCGGGGCAGUGCUGGUCCUGCUGACGCGCUGCGUAGCAGAGACACCGCGGGUCGCGACGCCGAUACAGCCGCGCCGGGGCCGUGUGCCAACAGACAGCGAGGAGGAGUGGGAGAGGGAGGAGGAGGAGCUGCCGUACGAGGUGGAAGAGCAGCUGGCCAGCGGGGACGACACCCUGGACCUCUGCUUCCGGAAGCUGCGCAGGCUCCCCCGGCGCGUGUGCGGCUGCCCCCACCUGGAGAAGCUCUACGCCAGCAACAACCGGCUGCGGGGGCUGCCCGAGGGCUUCUCCGAGCUGGAGCGCCUCCGAGUCCUCGCCCUGGACUUCAACAAGAUGUUCAACGUGCCGCCUCCGGUGUGCCGGCUGGAGAACAUCACCCGGCUCUACCUGGGCAGCAACCGGCUCACCACGCUGCCGCCGGAGUUCAGUAACCUGCUCAACCUGCGCUGCCUCUGGAUGGAGAACAACUUCUUCCGGCGCUUCCCCCGGCAGCUGCUCCACCUGCCCGUCCUCAAGUCCCUGCAGCUGGGAGACAACCGGCUGAGAAGCCUCCCGGGGUGCCUGGCCGGCAUGGCCUCCCUCCGGGGACUGUGGCUCUACGGGAACCGCUUCGAGGAGCUGCCUCGGGUGCUGCUGCACAUGGAGCUGCUGGAGAUCCUGGACGUGGACCGGAACAAGAUCUCACGCUUCCCCGACCUCACACGCCUCGCCGGGCUGAAGCUGUUCUCCUACGACCACAACCCCGGCAAGGCCGUGCCCAAGGCGCAGGACUCAGUGGUGCUGGUCGGGGAUGGGGCUGAGGAGAUGAGGCAGGCGCGAGGCGAGGUUGCAGAGGCUGUCACUGCAGCCAGGGCUCAGAAAGAGGCCCUGGAGGCUGAGGCAGUGGAGGCAGCAGCCAGGGGGGCCAGGGGGUCCAGGGGGAGAGGGACAGCCAUCCACAGCAUCCUGAAGAGCAGGGGCUUGUCCGCAGGGCAGCUGGAGGGAUCCGAGGGGGGCAGGGAGGAGGAGGAGGAGGAGGGAGAGGAUGAGUUUGAUUUUGAAGAAGAGGAAGAGGAGGAGGUGGAGACUUGAAGGCCAGAAAUCCUUCCUUCCUGCUCACCCUCCCUCUCUCUCUCUCUCUCUCUCUCCCUCUCUCCCUCAUCUUCCUGGCAUGCUCCCUCCCUCUCUCAUUCAGUAAAACAGACCCUAUCCUCCCCACUCUCUCUCAAUCUGUCCAUUCCUCUCUUACUCUCUCAGUCUGUCCAUCCCUCUCUUACUCUCUCUGUCUUUCUCUCUCUCUCUGGACAAAUUAUCCAUCUACAUUUUUUAAAUUCUCUUUUAAUUCUCAGCCCCCCCCCGCCCCCCCCCCCCCUUGCGGGUUAAUGAUUUCAGAAACGUGCUGAAAUGGCAGCCAGCUUAUACAAGCAAGCAGCGGCGCCAGGAAUCCUUGCUGUUGUGUGACUUUAUGAAAUAUCUCCCUCUCUCCCUCCAUCCCUCUCUCUGUCUCUUUCUCCCCCUUAUUUCUUCUCGGCAGGUGAGACAGGACAGCGAGGGGGGGGACAGGGAUGACUCAAGUUCUCAGCUCAACUCGUGACAGAAACGAGACCAAGGGACAUGCAAACUGAGGACAGAUAGAGGGAGUGUGUCCCUCAGCAAAUGGGACAGUGGAUAGACACAGUGUCCAACCUUCCUACUUUCCCAGCCCUUGCCCCUGGAAUAUUUGAUAGACUCAAGGGAGGAAGUGUGCUCCAGAUCAUUCCAGAACACAGGGACUUGUUUAUCUGGACUUUCGUGUGUGUGUGUGUGUGUGUGUGUGUGUGUGUGUGUGGUGCGUGCGUGUGUGUGUUCGUGCGUGUGUGCAUGCGUGUUCGUGUGGGUGGGUGUGUGUGCGUGUGUGUGUGUGGGGGGGGUUCGUGUGUGUGUGUGCGUGUGUUUGUGUCUGUGUGUGUUCAUGUGUGUGUGCGUAUGUGCGUGUGUUCGUGUCUGUGUGUGUGGGGGUGUGUGUGUUUGUGUGUGUGUGUGGGGGGUGUGUGUUCGUGUGUGUGUGUGUGUUCGUGCGUGCGUGUUCGUGUGUGCAUGUGCGUGUGCGUGUGCGUUGCCCGGCCCCUCUCGGUCACGCGGCUCUCCUUGUAGAAUAAGCCCUCAGGAAUGUGUCACUGGCUCGGUGCAGCACCACGGCUCACAUGACAAACAAACCAGAACAAGACAUCCAUUCACACAUGCUUACUGUGAGAACACUGGACUCCCCACCCCAGCAUGGAGAGCGAGGGGAAGAGGGGGUCACCCACAGACUGCAAGAGAAACUGCACUCUCAACUUGAUAAGAGGCAUCACCCAGCGCUUACAAAUACUACAAGUCAUUCCAUCGAAACAUCUAGGACUGGUCAUGGUUUAAACUUUCAGGGUGUGCGGGCGCUGCCACUGUCAGAGAAACCAGAGGGGUAGCAGCUGCUAACAGCUUGCUAUGGGGAUGUGACUUCUAAUAUUCAUUCUAUUAAUCCUGGUCUCUGCAAUCCCUGCUGUGUUCUUUCACACGAACACAAAUCUUACAGUUGCUCAGAGAGGUCUGUGAUGCUGUGAGGAAUGUGGAUAAGCAGGGGGCGGGGAGGCUGCUCAAUCGACCAAUCAGUGACGAGUGUCAGUGCUGCUGUCGAUUGAAUCUGUGUGCGCCAGUGUUUGCUAAUUCUAUAUGAAAAGGCCCUGGCGAAGGAAUUGUACCAUCAUCGAGCUCUCCUGCCCUCUGCUUGCAGGAAUUCAAAUAACAACAUUUUAAAAACGGCAGCAUCACACUGCCUGUGCUGUUCCUUCAAACUAUCAACCCCCUCCCCGUCACACUGCCUGUGCUGCUCCUUCAAACUAUCAAACACCCCCCCGUCACACUGCCUGUGCUGCUCCUUCAAACUAUCAAACACCCCCCCCUCCCCGUCACACUGCCUGUGCUGCUCCUUCAAACUAUCAAACACCCCCCCGUCACACUGCCUGUGCUGCUCUCUCUCUCCUCCUCCUCCUCUCUCUCCUCCUCUUCUCUCUCCUCCUCCUCUUUCUCUCUCUCUCCCCCUCCUCAUCUCCUCCUUCCCUCUCUCACCCCCACCCCCCCACCCCGGCACACCUGCGUGUCUUCAGAUCAAAGUGUGUGCAGAUGAAGGGCAGCGGCGUGUUGUUUGCGUGUGCAGAGAGAUGCUGAUCAGACACGGGGGGGGGGGAGGGUGAAGGUCAAGGCUGCGGGCCAGCAAGGUCAGGAGGAGAGCGGACACACAGACACACAGACAGACACACAAACACACAGACAGACACAGACACACAGACAGACUCACAGACACACAGACAGACAGACACACAGACACACAGACAGACAGACUCACAGACUCACAGACACACAGACAGACAGACACACAGACUCACAGACACACAGACAGACAGACAGACUCACAGACACACACACAGACCAACAGACUCACAGACACAGACUCACUGACAGACAGACACACACACACACAGACUCACAGGACAGUCUCCUGCUGACCUGUGCAUUGAAGGGAUGCUCCCAGGCAGAGCGCACAGUCCUUCAGGAACCUUUCUCGUGUCAUCCACACUGACAGUGCACCUGCAGCCCCCUCUCCCCUCCCCUCCUAUCUGCCCCUGUCCUGUCCUCACCUCAAUAAUGAGGAUUAUCCCGCUGGCUCUCAGCCCAUCGGAUUACUGCUCUGCUCCCCAGCUCUCGGAUCUGGACAGCGUGGUCUCCGCUCCUCACCGCUGCCUGACCUGCGCUGCUCUAUCCUUCUGAGAUAGGAACACAUCACAAUCCAAGAAGGGGACGAAGUGACCACAGCGGAGCCUGCUGCUGGUCUCUCCUUCAGAGACAGGACUUACUGUAAACUACGCUUAAAUAUGAAGCUUGCAUUGUAACCCUGUGCUGCCCUGUAACACCUGUGUCAGUCGCCUGGGAUAAAGGCAUCUGCCAAAUAAAUAAUAAUAAUAAUAAUAAUAUGAUGUAACUAUCACUAUUAUCUGCUGUAUUAUUGAAUUGUGGUUUGUCACACUUGUACUUUGCUUGAACAAAAGUUAUUGUAUUUCUUACUCUUAUUGUAUUACUUGUAUUGUAACACUUGAAAUGUAUUUGCUUACGAUUGUAAGUCGCCCUGGAUAAGGGCGUCUGCUAA